AUGCCUAGAGUCAAACGUCAGCAUAGCCAGAGCGUUGCCGACGAAACGCCUGCGAAAAAGUCCCGGACCCAGCUUCAUCCAGCUAGCUGUACCCCCCCGAAAGCCUUCAAGCCCGCCGAUCCUCCAGACACCAAAAUCGACUACUCAAAGGCGCCUAAGGGCCUGCCAGUCGCUUCGUUCAGCUAUCCAAUCUACAAGGGGGUGACUUACAACCCCGUAAUUCCGCUCGCGAUCAUCCGCGUCGCAGAGAAGAACCUACCCUCCAUCAACUUCAUCUCAGCACUCAAUCACCUCCCGAACCUGGCACCUACAGACCCCUAUCCCGAACUUCCCACCGACGACGUCGACUUUCUUGAGGAUGACACUCACCACACCCGCCAGCUGAUGGAUCAGCCGAUCCGCAUCCUCUUCCUACCUCACUACUACAACGACGGCCGUCACGCGAUUGGCUUCUACACCCGCAAGGUUCCCAGUCGGCGCCUAGGAUCAGUGCUCUUCACGCCUUGCACCGAUGAGUGUCUGCUCGAGUACCGGCUGUUGCAGCGAGUCAGUGAGGGAGAAGAGUGGGAGGACUGCGACUUCUGUGUGAGUGGCGGCAGCUGGGUGCAUAACGACGUAGUUGAGGAGUACGCUGAGUGGAAGAAGCUCUUUAUGGUGGUCGCUAAGGAGUGGGAUAUCGUAUUCAGGCUGACGACCAGAGAGAUUGACGAGGACCACCCAAAGGCCAUUUGGAGGGCUGCGGUGAGGAACACCGACUAAGAACGGGUAAGAGUCUUGAUUUCGGCGAUGAAUAGUGGAGACUCUUGUGAUUGCCAUCAGCGUCUGAAAGUCGUCAGGAGGGGCAAUACACAGGUGCUUGCGCUGGGAAAAUUUGGUCUCAAUUCGUUGCUUUCGUAGUCUCCCGAUCCUCGCGAGAACACUGCCAGAGACCCCACCGACGUAACGCCCCAAAACACCGCGUCUAUCCCACCCCCAGCGAACUUCCCCUUCAAUCGACCUUCGAAUAUCCUUUCACGACCCCGCCGAGAAUUUGAAAGUGCCGACUCCGAUUAGCGUCCGUAAGAUCGUGAGUGUCCAGGAAGGCCUAAGACACCGAGAGCAUGACUGCCUCUGCGCCGGUAUUUAGGAUACCUCCGACCGUGAAAUCGACUUGAAUGA